AUGACCGAAGGGCACAGUAUGUCAAACUCCAGUUUCGACCCUGAGCUGUCAGCAAAAUUUCACAAUAAGAUAUUCGAGCAUGCAUGGAGCGGGACUGGCCGAGAUGUCGCUUCGCUCCCCUCAACCAGUUGGUGGGAGCAGUCAUCUCCGAUUCCGUUCGACCUCGCCUCGCGUCUGAACCCUAAUUUGGUUCGGUUUCUCCGGUUAGCUAAAGACGUGACUGGAUUCUAUGAUUCAGGUUGGAGCUUUUCUUAUUACCUGACUGGACUUGCUAGAAAGGAAGAUCUUCUUCGGUUUCAAAUACUGGAAUCGCGAGGAGAUCGAUACGUGAUGCUGUAUCACUCGACUUGUACUACGAAUGAUGAAGAAGUUGGCAUCCUAUUCGAUCAAAAGACCGAGCUCGCAGCCUUUUUCCCAGAUUGGAUGGACAUGGACUUGCAGGAUGUAUAUCCAUGGAGACCUUUACAGAAUAUUCUCUAUGUAUAUCUAGAGAUGAUAAAUGAUGGAAAGGUCACCACAUAUCCCGCCCAUCGCAAAGGUGAAUGGCACUCGCCAUCCUUUCCCUGGAAAGCUCAUCAAUAUGCUCAAAGCGAUGUCAAGAAAGCCGUCGCGGCUUUCGCGCGUCUUCUCGACGCAAUCGAAUCUCGACUCCCAUCAACUCGAUUACCCAAGGCGGAAAAUAAAGAUGCCAGUGCUGUUCCGCAAAAUAAGAAUGCCAAAAUUUCAUACACGACCUCAACGAUAAUCUCAUCGAUAAUACGAAAGGAUUCCUUCGUCCAUGAAUUUCUCUCCGCUCUACCUGCACGCGAUAUCAGCUUCGACUACAUCGCCCAGGGAUUCGAUUACAAAGCGAACCCGAAUUUCUAG